CUCCCGUCCCGCCUCCCGUCCCACGGCCAAUCGGCGCGGAGGGAAGCGCUCGUGCCGCUUACGCCCCCGAGGGAGCCCCCCUUUUAAAAUAAAGCGGCGGCGGCGCGGCGGGAAGAGUGGGGUGUGUUGUGUGGGGCGGCCUCGUUAGGUCCCGCACAUCGACGGACGGACACAUAGACGGGGCGCCGCAGGAUGCCUGCAGCUCCCGCGGUGAGGAGGUGAGGCAGGCGGGGGACGAAAGGUCGCGAGGAGAAGGAGGAAGGCGGGAGCGGCGCGCCUGAGGGUCUCUUGCCCGCUCCGAGGAUGGCGCCGGUGAGCGAGCAGCUGGAGCCUCAGGGUGCGGAGGGGGGCCCCGCCGCCGCGCCCCCCCUGUCCGGCCCAUCGGCGGCCGAGGAGCCGCGGCGGGAGAACGGCAGCGAGUGGUGCCCCGGGAGCGGCGAGAGCGGGGCCCAGCCCCGGGCGGCGGUGGAGGCCCCCGACCGCGCGGGCUGCCCCGUGAGCGCGGCGGCGCCGGAGCCCCCCGAGGGCGGCUGGGGCUGGGUGGUGAUGCUGGCCGCCAUGUGGUGCAACGGCGCCGUCUUCGGCAUCCAGAACUCGUGCGGGGUCCUCUUCGUCUCCAUGCUCCAGCUCUUCGGCGGCAGCGAGGACAAGCAGCUGGCCUUCAAAACAGCAUGGGUGGGCUCUCUUUCUAUGGGGAUGGUCUUCUUCUGUUCUCCGAUAGUGAGCAUAUUCACAGACCUAUUUGGUUGUCGAAAAGUUGCUGUUGUUGGAGCUGCAGUGGGGCUUGCUGGACUCCUUGCAAGUUCUUUUGUAAGCACCAUUGAACCUCUAUAUUUCACCUACGGAAUCUUGUUUGCCUGUGGCUGCUCCUUUGCGUACCAGCCGUCCUUGGUCAUUCUUGGGCACUAUUUCAAGAAACGCCUGGGACUAGUGAAUGGCGUCGUCACUGCAGGCAGCAGCCUGUUCACAGUGUCACUGCCCUUCCUCUUGAGACUUUUGCUUGAUUCUGUCAACCUGUUCAACACCUUGCGGGUCCUGUGCAUCCUUAUGUUUAUUCUGUUCCUGGCUGGAUUUACUUAUAAGCCCCUUGUUUCCGACACCAAAGACAAGGAGGGAGGAAAGAAGGGGAAGUUCAAAUUUCCCCCUGGAAAAAAGAUUUGCAAUUUCUCCGUUUUCAAAGUUCUCAGUUACCGAAUCUGGGCUUUUGGGAUCCCAGUUGCUCUUUUUGGAUAUUUUGUGCCUUAUGUUCACUUGAUGAAUCAUGUAAAAGACAGAUUUGGUGACAGUGUGCCAGAAGAAGUGCUUCUGCUGUGUCUGGGCAUUACUUCAGGAGUUGGCAGGUUGAUCUUUGGCAGAGUUGCCGAUUAUAUUCCUGGUGCAAAAAAAAUUUAUUUACAGGUGGCCUCAUUCUUCUUUAUUGGCUUGAUGUCUAUGAUGAUUCCACUGUGCCAUGUCUUUGGAGCUCUCAUAGCUGUGUGUCUCUUCAUGGGCCUAUUUGAUGGGUGCUUCAUUUGCAUUAUGGCUCCUAUUGCCUUUGAGCUUGUUGGGGCUCAGGAUGUCUCCCAGGCUAUAGGAUUUCUACUAGGACUCAUGUCAGUCCCUAUGACAGUUGGACCACCCAUUGCAGGCUUGCUGCGUGAUAAACUGGGCACCUAUGAUGUGGCAUUUUACCUGGCUGGAGUCCCUCCCCUCAUUGGUGGAGCUAUUUUAUGUUGCAUCCCCUGGGUCCAUGAACGGCAGAAGCUAAAAGAAAGAGCAAAGCCUGUUGAUGGAGAAACUACUGAGAAAAUGCUGGAAAAUGAAAGCACUUUGGUGUCAAACACAACAGAAAAGCCAGUCAGAGAACUGGAAUCUGGCAUUUGAUGCUUUCUUUUCCCUAUACCAUCCUGACCUCUACUGAAGUUUGAUUUCUACUUUUUGGCUGAAGAUAUUAUACUACACUGAAGAAGUCUUGAACUAUUGCUCAAAUUGCAAAACUGUUAGAAUCUUUUAUACCAUUGAACUUUUUUGAUGAGUUGUUGAAUUUGAUCUCAAGCCACAUUUUCAAGAUAUUUGAAGUUUUGUAGCUUUAAUGUGUAUGUGUGUAGUGAUUCUGUGUGUGAAGAGAAUAUUUUUCUAAUCCAUCAGAACCGAUUUCUGGAAAUGUGAGAGCUGUUUUUGGUUCACUGACCCAGGAUUCUUCAAUCACAUCUAUGGCCCAUCCAAUGCAGGCACAUCCAUGGGUGUUUAUGCUGGAUAAUGUAGUAGCUCUUAUGACUGAUUUGUUUUUUGAAGUUUCUCAUGCUGUUUACAGUCUUUUAUAAUUCUGUAUCAUGAACACGAAUAUGCAUAUUUUUGAUUCCCUAAACUCUUGAUGAAAUGAUUUUUCAUUAGAAAACUAAUUUAUUAAACAUCUGUUUUAUUUUUUCUAAAUACCCCAGCCUGUGUAGUUUGCCAAAACACUCGCUUGUGUUUGCAUUCACCUUUCACAGUAGCCCAAACAAAGAACGUUCAGGAUGAAAUUCUUGGGCUCAAGUUUUGAAUAUGCACAAACUAAGCUCUGAGUGCGAACAUGUUCAGAAGUAAAGCUGCCGAAUUAUAGACUUUUUUUAUUUACUGAAGGCAAUACUAUUAAGAUGCAUGUGUAUAAUUUUUUUUUUCAGCCAAACCUCAGAGUAGUUGAUAGUUUUGAAACUAUAAUGACUAAUUCUUUGGAGCAGUAUUGUGAAUUAGACUAAAUUUCAAAUUAUUCUGUUGUACUUGUUAGAGUUUUUUUAAUUCUUAGAAACAAGACAGCUUUAAAAGAUACAUUCUAAGUGCAAUACCAAGUUGUUUUUAAUGUGGAAAUAUACCUGAACUAUUAAAACGAAGUUCAUCAAUUAAGGAUUUUUGCACUAAGUGAACAUGCAGGUUGAUUACAGGUCUAUAUAGUUGUGUUCAAUUACCUGUAGGAUAGAGCUCCAUAUCUUAUUCAAAUAUAAAGAAAUGUCUUUGCAUGUCCUAUUUCUUGCUUAACAUCCUAAACAUAUGGCUCCAUUGCUUAUGUAUUCUUAAGUAUCAUACACUGUUUGUCAAGCAGGUAUUUCUGAAAACCUCUUUUUCUGAGAAAUAUUUAAAAGCAUAAUACUUUGAGAUGAAAACACUGUUUUUCAGUUUAUCAUAAAACACUUCUAUGUGCAGUGCUUAUUUGUGGAUAUGGAUCAGCAAUCACUGAAAUAGUUAAUCAUUCUUUUUUCCAGGUCCAUUCAAUACCAAUAAUUUUUAUUUCCUUGUUUAGAACUGUCAUAGUGAAGAGUAAACUAAAUGUGAUCUGGACAAAGUGUA